AUGUCUGGCGAUUCGCCUAUGGAAUUUGACGUCUCCGGUCAAAAUGGUAUGGAAUACAUUGACAUGAAAAAUUCUUUAGUUUAUGCUAAAAUAAAGAUAAAAAAGGGUGACGGAUCGGCCAUAAGCUCUACAGAAGAAGUAGGACCCGUCAAUUUAUUGUUACCUGCCCUGUUUUCACAAGUAGAUGUCACAUUACAGGGAAGAACUGUAGUGUCUACAACGACUAAUUAUGCAUACAAGGCAUAUAUUCAAACAUUACUGAAGUAUGGAAAGGAUGCUAAAGUAUUACAGUUAGCAACGCAGUUAUGGUGUAAAGAUACCAAUGGAGAAUUGGAUGAUACAGACGUGAGGACUGGAAAUAUUUUAGCUUUACUGGAAAGAACUGAGUUAUUUGAAGGUGGUAAAGUUGUCGAUUUGGAAGGCCCUAUAUUUCACGAUCUAUUUAGAAUGGAUAGAUAUCUACUCAAUCAAGUAAAUGUUAAUGUAAAGAUGUACAGAUCAAAGCCUGAGUUUUGCCUACUGUCUGGUACACAAAAUCCUAACUAUAAGAUUGAGUUUGAAGAUAUAAGGCUACGCAUUGCUAAAGUAAAAGUUAACGCUGCUGUCAUCUAUGCCCAGAGUCAAGCCUUAGCUACAACUACAGCAAAAUAUCCAUAUACAGAAAGUGUACUGAAACAUGUCACUCGCUGCCGGAGGGACCAGUUUUACGUUUGA